AGACAUCUUAUUCAAAGCAUAUUUAUUCCAACUCUGUGCUACCAGUGCCAGACAUGGCCAGAAACAGAUGUUCUGUUACUAUGGAAGCGAGUCGCAGUACCGGCAGUACCCAGGGAGGUUCAUGCCCAGUAACAUCGAUGUCUCACUGUGCACUCACAUUAUCUUCGCCUUUGUCAACGUGGAAGAUAACCAGCUCGUCCCUCAAAACUGGAAUGAUCUUGGCAAUCAAGGUCUGUAUGCUCAAGUGGUAGCACUGAAGACGCGCAAUCCCUCCCUCAAAGUACUACUAGCUGUCGGAGGCUGGGUGGCAGGAUACGAACCCUUCUAUAACGCAAAUGCAGUGACCUACAUAAGAGCUGCUAGGAUGGACGGGCUGGACAUGGAUUGGGAGUUUCCAGGGUCCAGAGGCAGUCCACCCGAAGACAAGUAUCAGUUUACUAAACUAAUGAAGACUAUAUACUAUACAUUCGACAAAGAAGCCAGGGAAUCGAAACGAGAAAGACUGCUGCUAACUCUGGCAACAGCUGUUGGGACUUUCUACAUCAGUACGGCCUAUGAGUCUACAGAGAUACACAAGUAUGUGGACUACAUGUUGCUGAUGACCUACAACUUCCAUGGGGGCUGGGAUAAUCAAACAGCUCACCACAGUACAAUCUUUCCCAGCAAAUUUGAUGAGGGCAUCAGUCAGAGACUCUGUCAGACUUGGGCUGUGAACUACUGGUUGAGUGCUGGUGUCCCCAAAUCAAAGAUAAUUCUGGGAAUGACGACAUACGGUAUGAGUUUUACCCUCGACGACGCAAGAGUUAACGGGCUCAACGCUUCCUCGACUGGCGGUGGCGACGGAGGCAGGUAUACGCGCCAGGAAGGUACUCUUGCAUAUUAUGAGAUUUGCGAGAAUAUUCAGAGAUACAGCUGGUCACGAGUGUGGGUACAGGAACAGGAUGUGCCCUACGCCACCUGGAGCAACCAAUGGGUUGGUUAUGAUGACGUCACAAGUCUGAAAAUCAAGGCAGACCUUCUAAUCAACGGUAUGGGUCUCGGUGGAGCUUUCGUGUGGUCAUUGGAGCUGGACGAUUUCAACGGCUAUUGUGGAACCGGUAACUACCCCUUACUGCGAACUAUCAACGAUGUCAUUCGUCCAAGAAGUGGUCUGCAGCCGCGGAGAAUACCCAGAGAUGAAAUUCCACUGCCUAGACCACAGUUCCAAUCAAGGACAUGCCAGGAGCUUGGCGCAGGAACUCAUGCUGAUCCCAGGAACUGCCGCUGGUGGAUUGACUGUGUUCGAACCUAUGAUGGGUUCAUACAGUACACGCGUCGAUGUUCAUCCGGCCUGGCCUACGAUGAUAAUAUAAAAACAUGUGCCUUAAGUUCAUUCUGUGCUUAG